AUGCCGGUGUACCAGCUGCUGUGCCAGAUGCGGCCGCGGGUGAGCAUGCAGAAGGCGGAGCAGGUGCUGAAAGUGCUCGGAGUGUCGGUGCUGGACAGCGGUGGCGUCCUGACGGGGAUUAAGAGCUUCGGGGUGGUCCCGACGGCCUACACGGUCCAGACGCGCGCGGGCAAGAUGAAGGAGCUGUUCAUGGUGCAGCUGGAGUACGCCGCAGGCCCGGAUCUGAGCAAGCGGCUGGACGAGAUCAUGAGGUACGACGAAGACAUAGUUCGAUACGCCUUCCUCAAGCAGCCACGACCAAAGCUGCCAACGACCAAGUGGGUCGACCUCAGCGAGGUCACCGCGAAGCUUAGGGAGGACUUGCCACCCCUAGACAAAUAG